AUGCCUGGUGGAUAUAAUUUACGUUCAUCGCGAUCUGUCCGAUCUAUGCCUAGUUCUCCUUCACCAACGGAGCAUGAUGAAUUAAAUACCACCAUGAUGGAGCCACCAUCAGUAAGCAGUCAAUUAGCCGAUGUUAUUGCCAGUUUAAAUAACCUAGCAAAAGUGGUAGUGGAAAGCCGUAACGAUAUUGAUUUGUUGAAACAGCAGAUUCGGAAUAUCCCAUCAACAACUAAUUUACCCAAUGAACAACCUGGAACGUCUCAAGUUGCUCUGAACAGAAAUACUCCUACCGCUAAUAGUAUUAUUGAUAGAAAUUGUACUACUGCUGCUUGUACUCAUAGUGCCACUGAUACUAAUCCGCGUGCUCCUAGUCCUUGUACCCCGAGCUAUCAGCAGCCUCAACAGGAUUUAGGAAAUUCAAUUUAUUUUCCUGCAGAAGCAACUGCUCCUUGCCAUGUACCUGAAGAGAGACGUGCGUUUAGUCAACAAUUUGUCCCAACAUUUGAGCCGUCGUGUAAGCUCUAUGAUUUGCCAUUAUUCUCCGGUAACCCAGAUGAGUGGCCGUUAUUUAUUGCCAAUUAUAAGGACACUACUGAAACUUUUAAAUAUAAUGAUCGCCAGAAUUUGAUGCGUCUUCAGAAAUGUCUUGCGGGAACUGCUAGAGAAGCAGUUGCAUCAAUGUUGGUUUAUCCCGAUAACGUACCUAAUGUCAUUGAAGAACUCGAAUUUCGAUUUGGACGUCCGGAUAUUUUGGUUCGAUCCCAACUUCAAAAAAUACAACAGUUUCCAGUUAUAAAUCGUAAGAAAAUGGACCAAAUAAUAAUUUUCUCUACGAAAGUAAGAAAUGUUGUGGCAUUUCUAACGUCCGCUGGAUGUAGUCAUCAUCUUAUGAGUACAACACUAUUGGAAGAAAUGGUCUCCAAACUUCCGGAUGAUCAACAAUUUGAUUGGGUAAAAAGCGCCUCCAUUAUAAAACCAUUUCCAACAGUUACGGACUUUUCGAAAUGGCUUGGAGAUUUAGCGAAAGUAGUCAGUUUAAUGCCAAAUUAUGUAUCCUCGUCACAAAGCCAACCUGUCAAACAAAUGGUAGUUCUUGAUAGUAACAAAAAGUCGAACGUCAAAUGUACUAUAUGUGAUGGUGAUCAUACAUUGUCUGCCUGUAAAGCUUUUACUAAAGACAUGACUUUACCAAUGCGUUGGGAAAAAAUUAAGCAGUUAAAAUUGUGUUUCAGUUGUCUCCGAAAGGGACAUAGUGUUAAUAAUUGUCGUUCUAAAAAACUUUGCAAUAUCAAUAAUUGCAAAAAGUAUCACCAUAAAAGUCUUCACAAAGAUGGAGAAACAGUAGAUACUAGUCUUGGAACUGUAGCUGUCGAACAAGCCGAACAAGCUUCAAAUCAGAUGUUAAAUUGCAGAAAAUACCUACAGGCAAGUAAAAUGUUUAAAAUACUGCCUGUAACAUUGACUGGUCCUCUUGGUUCUUUUAAGACAUAUGCAAUGUUUGAUGAAGGAUCGUCUAUAUCGCUUAUUGAUGAAAAUACUUCCAAGCUUCUGGGUUUAAAGGGGAAGUCAUCAAAUCUCACUCUCCAGUGGUAUGGAGAAAAAACUGUAAAUGAAGAGUCUUACCUUGUAAACUUGGAAAUAGAAGGAACAUGUAUUCCAAAAAUGAGAUUCCCCCUCAAAAAUGUCCACACAAUAAAGAAGCUUGAUUUACCUUGUCAAUCGUUUUCUAAAAAAUGUUCUACAAACUUUGCAAGUUUACCUUUAGAAGACUACAUUGAUGCCAAACCAGUAAUUCUUCUUGGGUUAGACAAUGCUUUUCUUGGUACUCCUAAUUCCGUCAAAGAAUCCAAUGAUUGUGACUUAAUUGCUAUGCAAUGUAAACUUGGCUGGCUAGUAUAUGGUUUAGUAAAGAAUUAUACUGCUCACCCUACUAUAUUAUUUGUCAAAGACGACGAACUCAAAAAUAUUGUUAAUGAUUUCCUGGCGACAGAAAAUUUUGGUGUGAAUCCUAAUAUGAAACCCUUACUGUCUGAUGAUGAUCAAGUCGCCAAAGAAAUUAUGGAGAAUACGAUAAAGCGUAUAGGAAAUCGUUUUGAAAUAGGUUUGCUGUGGAAGAAAUAUCCUCCAAAGAUGCCUUCAAGCUACAAUAUGUCAGAAAAUCGUUUGAAAUUAAUUGAGAAAAAAUUUUCUCACAAUACUUCUUACGCUCAAAAAUAUUGUCUUGAAAUAAAUAAAUAUCUUGACAAAGGCUAUGCACGUAAAUUAUCUGAAGAAGAAGUCAAACAAAAUACAUUCCCAGUCUGGUAUCUACCACACUUUGGUGUUGUAAAUCCUCAUAAACCAGAUAAAUUGAGGGUUGUUUUUGAUGCAGCAGCCAAAACAUCAGGAAUUUCUCUUAAUUCGUUAUUGCUCAAAGGGCCUGAACAAGCAAAGCCGUUGCUAGGCAUACUGCUAAAAUUUAGGCAAGGUCAAAUAGCUGUUGCUGCAGAUAUUCGUGAAAUGUUUUCGCAGAUAAAAAUACGUCAAGAAGAUCAACACGCGCAAAGAUUUCUGUGGAGGUGUGAAAAAGAGAAUAGUGAAAUUGAAGAAUAUGCAAUGGUAUCUAUGACAUUUGGUGCUAUUUGCUCUCCUUGUUGUGCGGAGUACGUUAAAAAUUAUAAUGCUAUUGAAUUUUCACACAAAUUCCCUGAAGCCUCAAAAGCCAUUAUAGAAAAUCACUACGUCGACGACUUUGUGUGUAGCUUUAAAUCUGAAAACGAAGCUAUCACAAUUUGUCAGCAAGUCGUAAAAAGUUCAUUCCGAAGGCGGAUUUGA